CAAACAUUUGGUGCGGCUCAAUUUUUUGUGACGCCCAUGUGUGUUUGUGUGGGGGUUUGUUGUAACUAUUAGUCAAAAUAUCCAGUUGGAUUAGUUCAGUCAUGGAUUAGCUGUGGCUACGUUAAAUUGCAACAACAUUUUUAGAGAGUCGGUGCAAUUUUUAAAAUUUUAAAAUAUUCUUGCAAUAAUUUUUAAGUUGUCGCUGGAAAUAUGCCGGGAAGUAACUAUAAAUUGUCAACAAUCAAUGUUCAAAGUGCCAUACCCAAAAAUAGACAAGAUCUGUUGAAGUGGAACGGAUGGGGCUACAACGAUUCGAAGUUCGUAUACAGAAACGGCGAGGUUUACUUCACGGGAAAAAGAUACGCAAUCGGCGAACGCCGUUUGCCGCAUCUAAUAGGAUGGGUUACAAAAGAACUGGGGGUGGAAUUGGAGAAACCGAAUCCAGCACAAGAACUGCCGACAGAAGACAAAUUUCCUACACCGAAAAUUAGCGACGAAAAUUUAGAUGAUCUCAAAAAACUGAACGUUUCUUACUCCCUAAAAGGCAUCGAUCGCUUGGUGAGAGCCCAUGGUCACACCCUCAACGACAUAUACUUACUGCGCAAUGGCACCUUCGAGCGUAUACCGGACGUGGUGGUGUGGCCAACGUGUCACGAUGAUGUCGUCCGUAUCGUCACCUUCGCCGCGGACCGCAACAUCGCGGUCAUACCCUUCGGAGGUGGCACCGCGGUGUCCGGAGCCGUCGAAUGUCCCGCACGCGAAACCCGGACGAUAAUUAGUCUAGACACGUCGCAAAUGAACAAGAUUUUGUGGCUGGACAAAGAAAAUUUAGUGGCCUGUUGUGAGAGCGGAAUCAUUGGUCAAGAUUUGGAAAGGGAAUUGGGGAAGUUGGGCUACACAACGGGACACGAGCCUGAUUCCUACGAGUUCUCCAGUUUGGGUGGAUGGGUUGCUACAAGAGCCUCAGGGAUGAAAAAGAACACGUACGGCAACAUAGAAGAUCUUCUGGUACAUGUUCGGAUGGUCACGCCGAAAGGAGUGUUGGAAAAGAACUGUCAAGUACCUCGUUUGAGCUGCGGUCCUGACUUUAACCACGUGGUUAUGGGUUCUGAAGGUUCCUUAGGUGUGAUUACUGAAGUUAUAAUCAAAGUACGACCUUUACCUAAAUGCAAACGGUACGGGUCGAUCGUAUUUCCUGAUUUUGAAUCGGGAGUGAAAUGUAUGAGAGAAGUGGCGAAACAAAGAUGUCAGCCUGCUUCUAUACGAUUAAUGGAUAAUGAUCAAUUUAAAUUCGGGAUGAUCCUAAAGCCGGAAGAAAGUAAACUGUCCCAGAUUGUGGACGGCUUGAAGAAGUUUUACGUGACGAAAAUCAAAGGAUUUGAUUUGGAUAAAAUGUGCGUGAUGACGCUGUUGUUUGAAGGCGACGAGCAGGAUGUAAAGAAUCACGAAAAGAAAGUCAAUUCAAUUGGCAUGUUAUUCGGAGGAAUGCCAGCAGGUCAAUCCAAUGGAGAACGAGGUUACAUGUUAACAUUCGUCAUCGCUUAUAUUAGAGAUCUAGCGUUGUUGUACAACGUUGUGGCCGAAUCGUUCGAGACCUCAGUGCCUUGGGACCGCGCCCUAGCCCUAGUGAAAAAUGUCAAAAGAACCGUGGCAGAAGAAUGUCGCAAACGUUCUAUCACUCACUUCGUGAUAAACUCCCGGGUAACGCAAACUUACGACGCCGGAUGCGUGAUAUAUUUCUACCUCGGGUUCAACUACUCGAACAUUUCGGAUCCGGUGCAAGUCCACCACGACAUCGAGACGAGUGCCAGGGAUGAAAUAAUCGCGUGCGGUGGUAGCAUAUCGCACCAUCACGGCGUCGGGAAAUUGAGGAAGAAAUGGUAUCCGAGUACCGUAUCGGAUGUUGGAGUUAAAUUGUUUCUUGCCACGAAAAAGGAAUUGGAUCCAAAAAAUAUUUUUGCCACUAAUAAUUUGGUGCAACAGUCCAAGUUGUAAAUUUGUGUUUAGAUUUACUUUUAAGUACUUAUUUGUUUUUGUCAGUAUACUUAUUGUGAUUUUGUGUCUAGUGUUACCACAAGGUAUUGCAGGAUUUAUUGAUAUGAUCAUGAAUUCAAUGCACUGUUUUAUUAUUAUAAUUGCCAUUACUAAAGUUUUAGUUACCUUUUUGUAUUGAUCUAGUUUUAUUAUUAUAUUUUGUUUGUUUUAUUUUGAAAUGUUUUAUACAAUUUUCAAUUUCAUAAAAUGAAUAUGUGAAA